AUGUGUCAGGCUCAUGGUACCGAUUGUAUCUAUCUACAGCUAGGCGAUAGCUUUCAACGGAGAUCCAUAGCUUCGCCGCGGAAGUUGGCAGCCCGACCAAGACAGGCGCCCAGAACGGCAGGUCCACCAAGAGGGAACAAAUUUUCGACGGCAAGCUCUCUUCCUAGCCAACAGGCCCUUUUUCGACCGGUGAAUGUAGCUAGUACGUCAACGGCGCAUGACUCACACGUUGUUAGCAGACCCACAGCGAGUCUGGAGAUGUCGUAUCCUUCCAAUCAUGAGAAUUAUACCCGGGAGGAAACUCUCUCCAAUCUAGUUGGCAUUGUUACCGAGCCUGGCGACGAUAGCUCUCACAUAGUCAGUCCAGCAGUUGCCGAAGAUAACGAUGUCCUGGAAAGCUACCUCUCCACCGUCCCAGAUGCUCGGCGACGACGUAUAAUUCGGACGAAUCCGAGCUCGAGUCGGCCUGUAAGGCCAGUGUUGUUCAACACUGUUCCUAGACGACCAUUGGGAGUUUCGGCAAACCAGUCUCUUCCGGCUACAAAGUGCGAGUUCAUUGAAAAAUACCUUGAGCCAGUGGUCAGUGAUGUGGUGGACCUGUUCUUUCGUCAUGCCAAUAUAUGCUUUCCCAUAUUUGAUGAGAUGUCUUUUCGGAAUAUCUAUUACACGCAUAAAGAGAAUAUUUCACCGGCCCUUCUCUGCAAUUUGUAUGCCAACGCCCUGAUCUACUGGGAGAAUUCGCCCAUUUUGCGUUCCGAUCGCUUUCCUGAUAUCCGGUUUAUCUGGAACCAGGCGAACGAAGCUCUCCACUCGGAGCUGUUCUUGUCCCCCGGAAUAUCAACUGUGAUGGCGAUUAUUCUGAACGUUUGCGGAAGGCCAAGUACUUCGAUAUUCGGCAAUGGGGGAAUGGUUGGGACUGCAGUGGCCCUGUCCAAUGCUCUAGGCUUAAAUCGGGAUCCAUCCAAUUGGAAUAUUCGCCCGGUGGAGAAAAAGUUCAGAGUCCGGAUUUGGUGGCUGGUUGCUAUACAUGAUCGCUGGUGCAGUUUGGCAUACGGAACCCCCCUUCAAAUUCACGGUGCUCAAUGCGACGUGCCCUUUCCAACCAUGGACGACCUGUGUUCCCCUAGUGCCUCAUAUUCCCAACUUGCAGCUGCUUCUAUCUUUAUCUCUUUAACAACACUGACGGAAGUGCUGGGCCGUUAUCUAGAGCAUGUUUACAAGGUCUCCAAGAGCACAUUCUGUCCACCAGAAACGUCUGCCGUGGACCUUGAGCGGCUUCUCACCGACUGGGAAGAAUCUUUGAGCGAUGAUAGUCGCCGCGUUAUCCUCCGCGGCACACACCUAAGUUCCCCAGGGGCAGCAAACUUUCGACUAGCCUACCUGGCAGUCAAGCUUCUUCUCAGGCGUAUCCAGCUGGACCUCAACGCGGGUAUCACGCAAGUUGGCGACGUCACUACCUCUCCCUUCUAUACGCAAGCACAACGGGCAGCUGAGGAAAUCGUUCAUCUAGUAGAGGAGCUCGAUGAGUCCCAUCUUCGCGGGUUUUGGAUCCCUGUCCACGCCUUUUCUUUGACCUCCGCCACCACCUUCUUGCUUCGAAGCGGUCUUAGGAGGAACUCAAGCUCCAAUGCUCCUCUUAAACUUGCCAAAGAUAUGAUCAGCAUGCUAAGAUCACACAAUGACAAAUUUGGCUGGGAUCUUGCAGAUAACUGUCUGGCUAGUUGCAGCGAUUUGGUCGAGAAAUUAGGUUCCGCCGAAGUAGAAGGCGAAUCCUUGAUGUCUUCUCUGCCUGAUUUCCAGGAACAUCUUGAUAUUUACAACCCCUCAUUACUGGAUGAGUUACUCAUCGGAUUUCCCAGACCGACAGAUACGAUUGAACUUUAG